AUGGCCGAGCCUCAGACUGCUACAUACACCUACAAAGUCGUUGGCGGGUUGAGUCUAACAAUCGACAUAUCAAGGCCGCGGAAUCUCCGGGAAACUGGCAUUGUGCUUAUUCAUUUCCAUGGAGGAUUUCUUGUUAUCGGUGAGAAAACCACAUUCCCACCUGACUGGUUGAUCAACGCCUGUCAGGCCCGAGGCUGGACAUAUGCAACCGCUUCUUAUCGCUUAAUGCCUGAAGCAACUGGUCUGGAAAUUCUCUCCGAUACCCUUGAUGCAGUCCGCUGGGUCCAUCAGAAUAUCAGCGAUCGCAUCAUCAUCGCGGGGUCAAGCGCGGGCGGAUACCUCGCAUUGGCAACGGGGGCGCACCCCGAAUGCCCGAGACCUCUAUCUAUUCUCUCUAUAUACGGAAUGCUUGACCCUGCAAGCAAGAGAUACAUCGAUUCAGGUGUUCCUCUCCGAGUUCCAGUUAGCAAUCUAGAGACGGCGUUGGAGGAAAUUGGGACUGUUGCGAAUAGUGGCCAGUCUAUUGACGGCUAUGCGUUUCCAAAGGAGCCUCCCAUCGAUCAGCGAUUCCGUUGGAUUGGCGCCAUUCACGAGGCUGCUCGUUAUCCAGAUCUUUUAACACGAAUUCCGGGUCUAGCCGGUCAGAUUAGGGAGGUGGGUGUUAGCGCGAUCCCAGUGUAUUUCCGAGGUUUGUUUCCUGUGUCUUUCAGAUUGAGUUCAGAGUUUCCUCCGACUGUUUUAUUGCACGGCGAUAGUGAUGAGCUGGUUGAUUUUGAGCAGAGUGCUUUAGUUGCUGAUAAGAUGAAAUCAUUGGGUAUCGACGUUCAUUUGGAACGCGCUGUGGGCCAGGGCCACGGAUUUGAAGUCAAAACCAGCAUCAACCUCGACGCGAUGGAGAUGGAAGGCGAAGAUGCGGCGAUGAAGGCGGGCCUCCGUCGUGUUAUUAUGGCACUGGAGGCAGCAGUUUCCAAAGUAAACCUUUGA